AAGAACCUAUCAGAUAUUGAUAAGAAGCUGAAAGAAUCAGAACCUGUAUCUCAGACCCAAAGCAAGGGGAAAAGAAUAUUCAUUGAAGAAAUAGAAGAAUCAGAAGAGCAAGGGGGAAAUGAAGAAGAAUUUGAAAAUGGCUGUGGAGAUAGAAAAACUGCAGUGCUUGUGGGAAGGGAGAGCACAAGUGAGCAAGCUGAAAUGGGCAAUGUACAAAAGAAGUUCCAUAGUCGAGGAGGCAGCUGGAAACCAGAACAUAAAGAAGCACAGAAGCACAGAGACCCUUCCGAGAACAGCAUUAAAAAAGGCACAUCUGAGGAAAAGAUACACGAAUCUUUGCAGGAUGGUAAAAGUGAAAUAAAUGGCUACCUGAGCAACAGUAAAAAUGGAAAGGAAAUUGGGAAAGGAAAACCAAAGGAUGUAGAAUCAGCAGCAGCUGGAAUGAGCAGUUCUACUUUGCUUCCUCCUAAUGCUGCAAAACUGAAAACUGAAGGAAAUGAAUUAUUUAAGAACGGGCAAUUUGGAGAAGCUAUGCUGAAAUAUUCUAGAGCAAUCGAAAAUGUGCUCAGUUCAGGAAUCCAAACUCCAGAGGAUUUAAGUAUUUUGUAUUCAAACAGAGCUGCAUGUUACCUAAAAGAAGGGAAUUGUGCUGACUGUAUUCAGGAUUGUAACAGGUAA